AUGAAAUCAAGUUACUCAGAGAAAAUACUUAGAAAGCCAAGUUUCUUUGGAGGAAGUAUUGUAUUCGACAUUCAGCAUAUUAGUAAUCUUAAUAAUCAAUUAAGUACUCAAAGAAAUAUACAUUUACAUAUAUACUACACUUAUGGAUGGAUAUAUUUUGUUCUAUCAUGUACCAAAUCUUUAUCUAAACAAGAAACCAUAUUAAGACAAAACAGAAAUUUUCAAUCACAUAUAUUUAUCUCGGAAAUAAACGACAUGACCCUGGCGAUUUCUGUAAAAUCCACAUCCCAGUCAGCGACACCUGCUUGCUCUAAAGAAACUAUCGAAAACCUCAAACAACAAUAA